AUGGAGCUGAAGGAGACCAUCCGUGAUCGCUCAGGAGUGCACAAUUUGGCCUUCCAGAACGACAGCGAAGGUGUGGAUGUUAUAAAUCCAAAAGGUCUCAGAGACAAUUCACAGAGAAUCAAGAAUUCACAAAAUAAGAAAACUGUACAUACUAAUCAGGAGGAUGAAUACAUCAAUAUUGAGAGCGAUCUGCAUGAAAACAAACGUGACUCAGUAGAUGAUGAGCAACCACGCUUGAAAGGGCAUUUAGAAAAGAAAUAUGAUAAAGCCUGUGAAUUUUGCAAGAAACAUAAAACCAGAAUUCACUACGUGAUCUAUGGAAUUUUAAUAACAGCAUACUUGGCGGUAGUUAUUGCAGCCUGCAGCUUGAAUUUUCAGAGAGCCUUGCCACUCUUUAUCAUCACUGUCCUAGCCAUCUUCUUCAUCUGCUGGGAUUUUUUAAUAGCUAAGUAUGAAGACAGAAUUGCUGCAUUCUUUUCCCCUGGAGAAAGAUAUCUGGAGAAACACUGGUUUUGGCUGAAAUGGGUGUUGUGUGCAGCUCUUAUUAUAACUAUCAUCUGCUGGCUCAUCUUUGACACAGCAAAACAGGGAUCCUGCCAGCUGAUCUCCUUUGGUGGGCUUGUGAUGUAUGUUCUCUUGAUGUUUAUUUUUUCCAAAUACCCAACCAGAGUUACUUGGAGACCAGUAUUUUCAGGAAUAGGAAUGCAGUUUAUUCUUGGGCUUCUUAUUCUGAGGACAAAAGUGGGGUUUGAUGUGUUUAACUGGCUAGGCAUUCAGAUCCAGACUUUUCUGGAGUACUCUGACACAGGUGCUAAGUUUGUGUUCGGUGAGAAAUACACAGAUCAUUUCUUUGCUUUUAAG